CUCGCUCAUGGACACACCCACAUUCACCGUAGGGGAGAAUGUCCUCUGCUACCACGGCCCCCUCAUCUACGUCGCUAAAGUACUCAAAGCUCAACCUGCCGAGCCGGACGAGAAAAAUACUAUAACGGGUCAAGAUGGACAGCAUUACUUUGUACACUACAAAGGCUGGAAGACGACAUGGGACGAAUGGGUGCCUGCUGCGCGUCUCCUGAAGGAUAACGAACAGAAUCGGAUAACCCAGAAGUCCGUUCAAAAGGAAGAGUCAGCCAAGACCUCCUCUAACCGGGCAAAUCAAAAGUCGAGUACUGCUGGAGCUGCGAAAGACAUAUUGUCAGCAUCGGUGGCUAGCGCAAGUACCCGCUCUGCACUGUUCUUCAUUGUUCCUCUGCCUACUCCGAAGCUGAAUGUCCUGCAGGCUGAUGGAGCACGGGCGCCCGACAUGAAGCUCAAUGUUCCAGAGCAGAUCAAGGCCAAACUUGUUGAUGACUACGAGACAGUCACCAAAGACAACAAACUCGUAACUUUGCCGCGAAAUCCUAGCGUUGGUCAACUGCUCAAAGACUUUGAAAAGUAUCUCACGGAGACGCCCCCACCGCACCUCAAAGAUCCCAACCUUCUCGCACCCACUGUCAUCUCUGGUUUGCAGGUUUACUUUGAUCGAUCGCUCGCCAACCAUCUACUGUAUCGCGUGGAACGUCCUCAGUAUACUCAAAUCCGGGCUAAAUAUAUCACUGGACAAGCUGUUGUGAUUGGACAAGAGAAGGAAAUGAGCGAAAUCUACGGGGCUGAGCAUCUGUUGCGAAUGCUCGUCAUUCUUCCGGCAAUGGUCUCGCAGUCAACCUUGGAUGGGGAGUCGGUUGAUAUUGUACGAGAAUACGUAAACGAAUUGCUUGCGUGGAUGCUUCAAGAGCAAUCGCGACUAUUCUUACCGGAAUAUGCUGAACAGAGCAUUGCUUAUCAGAAUGUGGCCAGAUCUUGAUAUUGUUACGUGACAUGAAUGUACUAUAAACCUUACUCUUGUUGUUUGAUUUACAUAUAUAUAUAUUCCAGAGUAUCCGAGUAUUCACUUUCUUCGAUCGGAGGUCUGCGCCUUUGUUAUCUUAUCUCAAGAGAGCGAUAGAUCGCAUCUAGACGGCCACGUGAUCCAUAGUAAACUUGGACUACGGCGCACACCGCCGUGCGCACGCUACGGCCAGAUGGAAAACUCGUUUCAAGGACAAAGCAACCGGCGACCGGAUUUGAAGCGCAAACUUGUCGUUGUCGGUGAUGGUGGCUGCGGGAAGACUUGUUUGUUGAUCGUAUACGCUGAAAAUCGAUUCCCGGAGGCAUACAUUCCCACCGUCUUCGAGAACUACGUGACGCAGGUCAACUUCGAAGGCAAAGAUAUCGAGUUGGCACUGUGGGACACUGCCGGGCAGGAGGAGUACGAUAGACUGAGACCACUGAGCUACCCGGAAAGCGACGUCAUUCUCAUCGUCUUCUCCGUCGACUUCCCCACUAGUCUCGCGAACGUGCAAGACAAGUGGUAUCCUGAAGUGGCACACUUCUGCGAGGGCACGCCUCUGAUUCUCGUUGCUACCAAGACGGAUCUCCGCCGCGACGAACAAACGCGCCGUAUGCUCUCCGCUCAGGGCCAAACACCCGUCUCUCCGGAACAGGGGUCCGCAGUGGCAAGGGAGAUUGGUGCCAAGUACAUCGAGUGUUCUGCGAAGACGGGGACUGGCGUACAUGAAGUGUUCAAUCUCGCACUCAAGGAGAGCAUGCGCGGCAAGUGGGGCAAGAUGGUGAAGCAGAAGCGCUGCCUGGUCGUGUAAGACUGGGAGGUGUCUUGGCACUGCCCUAGCUUUCAAGCUUCGAGAUCCAUCUACAUACUGACUGACCCGCUUCUGCGCUCGUAUUUAUAGUCUCUGUUCCUCUCUGCACAGCACAUCAUAUAGCAUCACUGUAUCAGGACCGACGCAUGUCGUGCAAUUCAUUUCAUCUCUGUAUCUGGGA